AUGUUCGAAGCCAUGAAGAAACUUAUCAAAACUGCAGGUGUAUUAAGCCUCUUGAAUGUCGGAUAUCGGACGACGUUUAACCCUCCGAACAGCAGAAAAAGUAUUAACUGUGACGAUGCUUUCCAUACUUUGGCUGCGGCAAUGAGAGAAAAAGUCACUUCCUCUAAUAUGCAUUGUGAUGAAUCUAAUGAACACGAGGAAUUUAAUUCUGCGUUUCACGUGGAUGGAGUACUCGGCAAUAACAAGAAACCUUUCCCGAGAUUCACAUGUUGUUCUUCUAUGCCUGAGCCUAUGACGAUUGCAAGAUCGCAGAGGACUCGAACUCUAGAUCCUACGGAGACCACCUGGGACUACAACAAGGACGUGUUUUAUGAUGAACUCAAUACGCUGAUGUCCAAGAUACCAAGCCAGCAGGCCGUACUUGUCGGAAAUGAUGCGAAUGCAAAGAUGGGACUAGAACAACAUUCCGAUGUGCUUGGAGAAUUAUCCUAA